UACUGCGCAGACUCAGUGGGAAAAAUUUGUGUUGCGGAUUUUUGCGAAAUGGAGCGGUAUGUCGUGGAGAGACAAAUUGGAAAGGGAGGAAGUUGUGCAGUUUUUCUUGUUCGGCAUACUGUUGAGGACAGGUUAUAUGCACUGAAACAGACCUAUGUAGACCAUACCAAGAAAUCUCGAACUCGUGAGGCUGUAUUGAGAGAAGUUCAGAUCUUGUCAAAGUUAAAACAUCCUCAUGUUGUCAGCUAUAAAGAGUCAUUUUUUAAUGAAAAGGAGCAACAUCUCAAUAUAGUUCAGGACUACUGUGACAGCGGAACUCUGUACAGCCAAAUAUCAGAAGCUAGAGAGGACAGAAAACCAUUUUCUGAAGCAAGAAUUAUGAAGUGGUUUGUUCAAGUCACAAUGGCAUUACAACACAUCCACUCACAGAAAGUCUUACACAGAGACUUGAAACCGCAGAACAUAUUUCUUACUAAGGGAGACGUCAUCAAAGUUGGGGAUUUUGGUAUAAGCAAAUUACUGGAUAAUACACUAGAUAUGGCUAAUACGUGUGUGGGCACUCCGUAUUACCUCAGUCCAGAGCUUUGUCAAGACGCACCCUACAAUUCAAAGUCAGACAUGUGGGCGUUGGGAUGUUUACUAUACGAGCUAUGUGAAUUGCGUCCUCCAUUUAAUGCCAGCAGUUUGAUUGGUCUCAUUUAUGCAAUUGUCAAGGGCAGCUACAACCCAUUGUCUGGUUGUUAUUCUGAGCUCAUUCAUUUUCUUGUUCGUCAACUACUUUCGAAAUCUCCCACCGAUAGACCAAGUGCAGCAGCAAUUCUCAACAUGGAUGAAGUCAGACACCAUUUGUCUGUUAUAGCAGAGCAGCAGCAAAGGCCAAGAUCGACAUGUGAACACAGACGACAAAGGACCAGCUCUUGUGGAUUAAUUACACAUCCAGACACUGCACGAGCCAAGUCUGAUAGCGAACUGACUGUAGCAUCAGUGGCUAGUGAAAUGUCAUCCAACACUGUAGCCUCACUAAGGAAAGGGGCAAGCGUAGUGGCUUACACCAAUCAUGCCGAUGAGGAGACUGGACAUUACUCGGAUGAUUUUGACGAAAGCUCAGCAUCAUCAAGUGCAAGCCAAAAGGGAGAAUGCAUUGACAAUGAACAAUACCAAAAUGGCGGCACAAACAUUGCACAGAGUGAAAGCAACUUUGUUGGAGUUGUGCCUGUUGUAGGAGAGUAUAAUGGUGACAGUGUGCAGUCUGCUCAAUGUGUUUCAAGAUCUCUAUCACCGUCAUCAUCUUGCUGCUCGCCAGAUCUUUCUGUUCCUUGUGGCCAUGGUAGUAAAUGUGAAGAUUCAUUGGAGACUGCACCCGAGGUGUCUAAACUUGAUGGAGGGUACGCAGAAGACUUUGAAGACUCAGGAUCAGAUGAAAGUGAUCUUGAAGCUACUGCUGCUGCUGCUGCAAAAGAUGCUCUUGGAGUAACUGCCGAAGAGCACUUUGUUGCUGAUGAUCAAGCUAAUGUAUCAUACCAGCAAGCCUUACGCAAACAUUGUAACAGUGUACUUGGAGAUGCAGUUUUCCAGCAAGUUUUGGACUGUUUUGCAAACAGCAUGUCUGGCGAUGAGGAAACGAUAAGGUCUCGUGUUCAGAUGCUGGCAGGACCUGAGCUGACAGAGACGUGUUUCUUUGUUCAUGAACUGCUGCAGAUUGAUGAAAACUUGUAAUUAGGAGCAAAAUACCAUGAAUUUUAAAUAUAGAAGUUUGAGAACAAAAUGAGACAUAUUUUCACGUAGCUUGUUACAUGGUAGAUUUACUAAAUUUGGUUGUCUUACUCAAACAUUGAAAUGCUGAUGAAAACAAGAGGAAAUGUGGUAUUAUAUAUUAAUAUUAGUAUAUGGG